CUCUCUCUCUCUCUCUCUCUCUCUCACACACACACACUCUCUCUCUCCUCAGUUUCUGUUGUCUCAGUCGGCUGAGUGAUCUCGCGAGUAUUAGAGUUUUGGUGAGAGUUUGUGGAAGAUGGCGCCUGUUGUGACAGGGAAGUUUGGGGAGCGACCUCAGCCGCAACGCCUCACCAGAGAAGCAAUGCGGAAUUAUCUAAAGGAACGGGGUGAUCAGACAGUACUAAUUCUUCAUGCGAAAGUUGCACAAAAAUCAUACGGAAAUGAAAAAAGGUUUUUCUGUCCUCCCCCUUGUGUAUACCUUAUGGGAAGUGGGUGGAAGAAAAAGAAAGAACAAAUGGAGCGAGAUGGCUGCUCUGAACAGGAAUCUCAGCCAUGUGCAUUCAUUGGAAUUGGUAACAGUGACCAAGAAAUGCAGCAGUUAAAUUUGGAAGGAAAGAAUUAUUGCACAGCCAAAACUUUGUACAUAUCUGACUCCGACAAGAGAAAGCACUUCAUGUUGUCUGUAAAAAUGUUUUAUGGUAAUAGUGAUGACAUUGGCGUAUUCCUCAGUAAACGGAUUAAAGUCAUCUCCAAACCUUCCAAAAAGAAGCAGUCCUUGAAAAAUGCAGACUUAUGUAUUGCAUCAGGGACGAAAGUGGCAUUGUUCAAUCGACUUCGUUCUCAGACAGUCAGUACGAGGUAUUUACACGUAGAAGGAGGGAAUUUCCAUGCCAGUUCACAGCAGUGGGGAGCCUUUUACAUCCAUCUUUUGGAUGACGAAGAAUCCGAGGGUGAAGAAUUCACAGUACGAGAUGGCUAUAUUCAUUAUGGACAGACAGUGAAACUUGUGUGUUCAGUAACUGGCAUGGCACUCCCCAGACUGAUAAUCCGUAAAGUGGAUAAACAAACAGCAUUGCUAGAUGCAGACGAUCCAGUAUCGCAGCUCCACAAGUGUGCUUUUUAUUUGAAGGAUACAGAAAGAAUGUACCUGUGCCUUUCUCAGGAGAGAAUAAUCCAAUUUCAGGCCACUCCAUGUCCAAAAGAACCAAACAAAGAAAUGAUAAACGAUGGAGCCUCUUGGACAAUCAUCAGCACAGACAAGGCAGAAUAUACCUUCUAUGAGGGGAUGGGACCUGUCCAUUCACCAGUUACUCCAGUGCCUGUUGUAGAAAGCUUACAGUUAAAUGGAGGUGGGGAUGUGGCCAUGCUGGAACUUACAGGACAGAAUUUCACACCAAAUCUUCGGGUUUGGUUUGGGGAUGUAGAAGCUGAAACUAUGUACAGGUGUGCAGAGAGCAUGCUGUGCGUCGUGCCAGAUAUUUCUGCAUUCCGCGAGGGCUGGCGGUGGGUUCGGCAGCCAGUUCAGGUCCCUGUCACUUUGGUUCGAAACGAUGGGAUUAUCUACUCCACCAGCCUUACUUUCACUUACACACCAGAGCCAGGGCCCAGACCACACUGCAAUGCUGCUGGGGCCAUCCUCCGAGCAAACUCAAGCCUGAUGGCAUCAAGUGAACCCAACACAAAUAGUGAGGGAAGUUACACAACUCUCACCACAAAUUCUACCAAUGUCACAUCUUCAGCAGCAACGGUAGUAUCUUAACCUACCAACUGAAACAAAAGACUUUAAACUGACUUAAGUGCUACAUAAAGAAAAAAGAAGAAAAAAAACAACUGUAAUCUUCAACACCCAUUGUGGUUUCAUAGGGACAAACCUGUUUUGAUCUGAAAGCAUAAGUGAAGUGAUGGGAGCCUAGAUCAAAUAAAGGGUAAAAAAAAACGAGAAACCACAAGAUACAUCAGCCAUGUAUAAAACUUUAAUUAAAAAAAAGUCUAUUUUUCAGUUUUUUGUAAAGGGGCAAGAUGUAUAAAUGUGGGUGCGAUUGGAGGUUCAGCAAAGUAGAAGAAAGCAUAUAAAACAUGAUAACAUAGUUUUUAUGGACCAAGGAUCUUGUAUAAGCUUUAGUAAAGGUACAUUUUCACCAUACCUUUUUUUUGUAUUAAACAUAUAGUACACUUUUGUUACCAAAUAGUUUAUAUUUUUCCUCUGAGUUUUGGCUCGGAAGUAUAUCCAGGUUCCAAGCCAGAACUUGCUUGUAUAUUAUAGCUACCUUACUCUUCCAGUAAAACCUGUAUUUUGGUCUCGAACUGGAACUGCUUUUUUGUUUUUUAAACGAAAAUCUUGUGACUUUACAAAACCGAAGUUGUGUUCAUUUCAUUAUAGUAGAACCUCAGAAGGCCUAUUUUUUCAGUUAUAUGAAGUCUAUAAAAAAGCUUUAAGCAAUGCCUCUGCCUUGCCUGCAAUACAUGCUGUACGCUAACCUUUUAAACUGUUCCUGUUUUUUUUUUCUUUCUUUAAUCAUUGUGCAUUGGAGCAGCAGUGUUCCAUCUAGCUCUUCCACUUUUAUCCCCCCUAGGCUUUAUGUGUGAAGGUUCUGUCUUUAUCUGAGUUGAGACAUGUGGCAAACAAAGUAUUCGUGUUAGCAAUUGUCACCUUAGGCCAUGCCAUGCCAAGCUCAAACAAGUUAUAUGGUUCAUUUGCAUUAUUUGCCUAAUGUUAAACAAUUCUUAAAGGAUUUAACAUUUAAUUUAGUUUUCCUGAAAUUAUGUAAUCCAGUAUUUUAAAUGCAUGUGACCCAUAUAAACAAAUUUAAAGGCAAAAUUAACCAAAUAUGUAUUUUUGAAUGCUCUGUGCAGUGCUGUCAAAGUGCUGCUGUUAAUAUUUGUUCACCUGUUUUCUAACCACCCUGUCUUCCCAAUGUCUGAGUUAUUGUAUAGACCUAAUCCCCUAUCUUCGAAAGCCAGAGUGAUGAACAGUGUGCUCCAUAUAAGGAGUUUGAGACCGAUAUUUGAAUUUGUUGUGGCCUUACUGCUGCUUUUGUGCUGCAAAGUGUUUUUCUAAAUGCCUCGAGUUAUUUUGUUGUUUUUAAUUGCCUUUCAAGUUUAGCAGCUGAUUUUUUUUUUUUUUUUUUAAUAUAUAUAUAUAUAAAUAAACUGUGCUUUGGCCAGAAGGUUGAGAAGUAAGUCUCUGUUAAAGAGCUUACUGUUUGGAAAUGCUAUCUUUCUUAUACAUGUUGAUGGCUUGCACUGUACGACUGGAUCCUGUUAUGGUCCUACUGUGGAUAUUUGGUUACAGUUGUAUUUGUUUUGUAUUAAAUUAGUUUAGGCCAUAUGUAUCUUCAGCUAUGUUUCCCAUUCAUUGUCAAUUUAAAUAAUUGGACUUUGUUACAGUAACAUGCUAGUGUAGUAAUAAGUGAGUGAGGGCAUUUUCAAUCAGUUCACUUUUUGUAACUGGUACUGUACAUAUUCCUUAUCUACAUAUGGUGCAGUAUUUCCUGUUCAGAAAAUCUGGGAGGGCUCUUAAAGGAACAAAAUCUUCCCCAUUUUAUAGUGACCAUGCCUUAGUAAAGCUUGUAUAUAGAAAAAUCUGAUAUAGAACUCUAAACUAUGAGUCCAAUGCAGCAGGCCAAAAGGCUUGCUAAGCAAGUAACCUUUGCUGAAAUAAAUUGUCUACUUUUUAUACCUGUAAAAUGUAGACUACAGUAGUCCACCUGAGGUUUUCUUUAAAUCAACCAUUGACCCCUUUCCAAUGUGCUUUUAGUCUCCGUGCAUUUUUUAAGUCUGCAUUACUACAUUAGUUUCAUUUUUGGGUUAUUGAGGUGAAAAAAUGUAGUUGGCUUCUUACAAAUUUUCAAUCAUGUCCUUAUUAUUUUAUUUUCCAGCAGUGUUAGCUAAGCUGCAUUUAGGAAUGUCUUCCAUAACUCUAAUAGCUGUGAAACAAAGAUAGCAUAUAAAAAUAGACCUGAGAUUUCCAAAAGUUCAUGUUAAGCUUUUAACAGUUUUUCAGAAAUGUUGGUCUAUGUAAAUGGUGAUUUUUGAAUGUCUUCAUAACACGCACAUAGUCCUGCAAAAUUGUACAUUUUCAAACCACAAUAGGGAGGGAUGUUUUUCGCAUAUUCUGAGUACAAUAGGGAGGGAUGUUUUUUUGCAUAUUCUUAUAUUAUUGUUAUAUUAUUUUUAAUUUGUGUUUUUUUUCUUGUUUUUUAUUAUAU